AUGGGACUAGAACUUCUACAUUUCCUGCUUAAAUUGAUCACUGCCUACCAAAUAAAAGCCCAAACAGCAAUUCAAAAUCUGAUUUUCUAUAAUUUCGGCUAUGGCAUUAUUUAUUUUUUGUGGGUUUCCCUCGCAUAUCUCUUAAAGCUUGCCAUAAUGACUUAUAGCACUGGAGUAUUCUGCACCAUCACCACAGGCAUCACUUUUGGUUAUUUUUUGUUCAGAAUGAUGGCAUAA